AUGAUGUCUUUGAAGUUUCUGUUUGUGUUUGGUGUGUUGGCUGUUAGCCUCAGGAAUGCGCGGGCAAUAAGUGAUGAAGACAGGAACAAGAUCCACACGGCUGUUCUGCCUCAUGUAGCUGAAUGCAGCGCCAACUUCGGUGUUACUGAGGAUGAUAUUAAGGCAGCGAAGGAAGCUGGUACACUAGGCACCUUCAACCCCUGCCUAAUGGGAUGUGUUCUUAAAAAAAUCGAAGUGAUUGACGACAAAGGUUUAUUCGAUGUUGAUAAGGCUGUGGAGCUAACCAAAAAAUAUUUCUCUGAUGAGGCUGACCAGAAGAAAGCAGAGGAAAUAAUUACCACAUGCAAAUCAGUAAACGACAAGGAAGUAGGUGAUGGUGAAAAGGGUUGUGAGAGAGCCGGAUUGCUCCUCCAAUGUUUCCUACCUUUCAAAGAUGCGUUCCUCAGUUAG